UUUUGUUAUAAAUUGAUAUCUGCAGAUAACAAAGAGAGUCUUCCACAUUUUUCAGCGACUGCGUGUUUGGAUCGGAGCCUCUUCUGCGGCAUAGCAAUGGGACACUCCAACGUUUGGAACUCUCACCCCAAAAACUACGGUCCCGGUUCUCGCGCUUGCCGCGUGUGCGGGAAUCCACAUGGAUUGAUUAGGAAGUAUGGCCUUAUGUGCUGCAGGCAGUGCUUCCGCAGCAAUGCCAAGGAAAUUGGCUUCAUUAAGUAUCGCUAAAAGAGCUGAUGUCUCCACUCAACCAAUUUUAUGUUCUGGCACUAGGAUGUUUUAAGGAAGUUAUGUUUGAAGAAACUUGAGACUUGUUUUUUUGCAUCUAAUUAAUUAUCAGACAUUAUUUGUUGAAUGAAAUAUACUUUUAUAUAAAUGGUUUUGGACUACUAGGUCCUCCA